UUGGUGCGUCCCAAGGAGGUGGGCGAGUAUUUAAGUCGUCAGAUCGCGGAAUGACGAUUUCUUUGCGCGGUUUUCAUUGGCUAGUAGGCUGAGGCGGUGUUCGACACUCUCCCGGACAUGGCUGACGGCAGUGGCUGGAGGCCGCCGCGCCCCUGCGAGGCCUACCGCGCGGAGUGGAAGCUCUGCCGCAGUGCUGGACACUUUCUGCACCACUACUACGUCCACGGUGAGCGGCCGGCCUGCGAGCAGUGGCGGCGCGACCUGGACAGCUGCCGUGCGUGGGAAGAGCACCAGAGCGCCGAGGCCCAGCGGUCCCUCUGUGAGAGCGAGCGUGCGAGAGUCCGGGCUGCACGGAAGCACUCCCUGGUGUGGACUCUGAGGCAGAGCCCCCCUGCAGACUGGCAUCUCCCUCUGCCACAGGAGGAGAAAGACGAGUGACAAGUGCCCCCGCAUGGCUUCCUCUGGUCUGUUUCAAGUGGGGCUGUUGCACGACGCUAAGGACUGUGACUGGCCCACACAUUCUACUGGGUACCUAGGAGCUUCUGCCUGGCUUGGAACAUGGGGCCCAACAUAUCCACCUCUACUUGCACACCCCUCACCUGCAUUCAGGGUGCCCCACUGCUUCUAUGCUCCGGAAGACAAUUUCACCCACUGCACAGCUUCCAGGAAGCCAAGCAUCAUUGUAAAUUGCUAUGAGCAGCAAGGUCGGGCUGACUCAUGCUCUUCACUGGGGACAACAGCACAGGAAAUGGCUGUCCUGAGGUCUGGAAUUCCCAGGUAAAUUCUCGAGUGGUAACCUUGACUGGUGUGGACAUGUAGAGGGGUCAGAAUGAAGUAGCUAAGUGGUGUGCUGCCAUGAAUACGUAUCUGGCUCUGGCGUAGUGAUGACAAUGCAUUACCAGCUACUGAUGUUCACACUUGGCUAUGGCCCACUCGCUCAGUUCUUCUGCAGAUACAGGCAACGUGGACCUCUGGAUCAGCACGCUGUACCUACUAGGCUCACAAUAGGUAAGAUUCCGGUCUUUAAGAAAUGCACACAGCUAUAGAACACACCACUUUGCAUAAAAAGGGUUCAUGGACAUUUAAGAAACCCAAGCCCAUGACUCAUGGAAUUUUGGUCUGCUUUUCUUAAAACUUAUUCUGAUCAUUUUCAGAAAAUGUGGACUAUGUCAAAGCCAUUUUACAUAUUAGAUUCCAAAUAGAAGCUGAAAAUUAAAUCUACAGUUUAAUUGUUGAAAUUGUUAGAUAUUGCAUCUGACAUCUGUUGUGCUUGGAGUAUUAGAAUUUUGUAUGCUUAUACUGGUGUAGCUGUUUUAAAAAUAUAUGUAUAUAAACCAACAAGAACUCUAGUUCUCAAAGAGGUCUUAUUAUUACUCAUAAAAUGAUUUAGCAUCUUGUGGCUUCAUAGCAGGCCCCAUGUAUGGUGCUAAGGGCCAGGCUGGCCACGUGCCCAGCACCCUGCCCACUCUAUUCCUGGGUAGCAGGACUCAUUGGGUCUUAGUACAUCUCUCAUGACUGGGCCCCAACCUGGCCACAGGUGGUGGGUCAGACAUCUUUUAACUCAUUCUUUGGGGCAAAAUAAUGCAUCACUUCAGGAAGGCAUACAUUAAAGAAUAAAAUAUCUCCUCAUAUGCAUUUUCUCCUGUGUGUCCCAAGAGUCCCUGUGAUUGCGGGUAUGAGUUGUGGGGGGUGCACAUAGGACCCCAUGAUCCCCUCCGUGUGCAUGUACCUGUGAAUGGUGGGGGGCACACAUAGGACCCCAGACCCAUUCCCAGUGUAUAUCUGAGGGGGGGUGGUGCAGAGGACCCCGGGAGUAGAAGCAAGUAUAAAGAAGAACCAGGGUACCCCCAUCCCAGUGGGUAGCUUUGAUGUGUCUGAGCCAACCAGGGCAUCUCCCUUGUGGCUGUAUGCUUUCACGAGCAUUUCUGGCCAAGGAAGAAAGAGGGAAGAAUUCUACAAGUUUUCUCUUCACUCUGAAACAUGGAAGGGACAUUUGAAUUCUGUGAUUUACAGGUGAUGCCUGAAAUUGCAGUAGCUUCCUUGGGUUCCUGGGUUGGGCAGGAAAAGCCUGGGAGCAGCAACCAACACUGCACUCCUGAGGGGCUCUCUGCAUGGGAGCCACAUUCCCCGUCAUCAGCAGGGCUGAGGGCUGCCUGAGCUAAAUGCUAUGUUAGGAGGUUCUAUUCCUUCUUGGCUACUCAGUGAGUCCCAAAUUAACAGAUAAUCAUUGCUCUGGACAGAAUGUUCCUGCAUCUGCUCCUGUGUUCAACCUUUCACAACAUCUGAGCACCUGCUACAUGCUGGGCAGGGUGUGAGACUUUGGGAUCACACCUUGAAAUGGACAAGUUACCUUCAAACAGUUGCAGUUGUAGUUUAGGGGACUGACAAGUGUUCUAUGUUAUGAUCUGGUACAUACAGAAUAUAUUGUGGUUUGUUUUAAAUCUAAGCAGUCACUCUUUAUCUUAAGUAGGUACAAAAUGGUCAAUAACUUGGAUUUAAAAAAUAAAAAUGACAAGAACAUGACUUGGUUAUUUCAAAAGCAAAAGACUAUAAUAAGUAAAACAAGCUUCAUAAAACAAUCCUUGUCUAUAGUGUGUGUGAUACACUGACAUGUUCAGUGCCAUUGAAAAUAAACUUGUAUAGUCAGCAAAUUGGAUGAAACUUGAGGAAAUUUUACUGAGUUAAAAAAAAUUUUAAAAGGAUAUAUGUAGCAUGGUCCCAUUGAUGUAACAAUGGAGAACUGAUGUUAAUUAUAAAAAUGGAGACUGGUUACUGGUGCCAGGGUUAUGCAUGGGAGGAGUGGGUGUGGCUAUUAAGGGGUGGUGAUAGUAUCUUGACUGGUGGUUCCAGAGGGCUAUGUGUAUGAUAAAAUUGUGUGGCGCACACAUAGAUGAGUGCAGACAAAACAGGACCUCUGAAUAUGCUGUGGGCUGUACCGGUAUCAGUCUCUGGGUACUGACACAACUAUGGCGUGUAAGAUGUUAACACUGGGAGAUGCCCACAGCACUUCCCUGCAUGUUUUUUGCAACCUUCUUUGAAUCUGUAAUUCAAAAUAAAAAGUUAAAACUGCUG